AUGGAGUUGGCCUCAGCUGCUGGCAGCCCUGACGCGGCCUACAACCUCGCCCAUCCGUGGUUGCGCACGACCAACUGGGUGCUCGUGGCCGUGGGCAUGAGCGUCUGUACGGGCCUGCUUGCGAUGCGCAUCUACACGAAGGUGCGGAUUAUGCGACGGUUCUGGUGGGAUGAUAUCUGUUUGAUUCUCGCAUGGGCCUUUUCUCUUGCGACGCAGUUCGUGAUUCUGUAUGCCUACACCCACGCCGGUUUUGGGGUCCAUAUAUGGAACCUCACCCCCGUAGUCUUUCAAAGAUACCAGAAGUGUAUCCUCUCCGCCGGCGUCAUCUACGUGCUCGCCCUGGCCAUGGCCAAACUGGCCCUGCUCAUGUUCUACUACCGGCUGCUGAACAUGAUGCCCGUAUGGAAACACAUCAUCUACCUGGUGGCCGCCAUCAUCGUGGGUUACAGCAUCGCCCUCACCCUGGCGCUGAUCUUCGCGUGCCAGCCCCUGGCGAAGAACUGGAACGUGCUGAUCCCGGGCCACUGCGUCAACCGCGUGGGCCUGUAUCUGGCCACCGCCGUCACCAACACGGCCAGCGACGUGAUCCUCAUCCUCAUCCCCAUCCCGUUGGUCUCGGGGCUGCGACUCCCGCUGGUGCAGAAACUGGGGAUGGCGUGUAUGUUCGGGAUAGGUUGCCUCACGAUCAUCACCAGCAUCCUCCGUCUGGCGACGCUGGAACCCCUGGUCUCCUCCCCGGAUCAGAGCUAUAAGCUGGGUCUGGAGGUCCUUUUCGUCGUCAUCGAGGCCAACUUCAUCAUCAUCUGCGGCAGCCUGCCCUACCUGCGGCAGUUUUUCCGCUUCCACGGCCCGCGAUGGCUGGGGGAAUCGCGCGGCAGCACCAGCAGCGCCUCGCACCGGACGGGCUCGUCGCGGGAGCCCCGGCCCCCCUACAAGCGGCGCAAGUCGGGGCUCAGCCAGCUGCAGGACGACAUCGAGCGGGCGCUCAGCCGGCCCGAGGAGGCCCACUGCCCGGGUCGGGGGGUCCGCGAUCCCACGGGAGUGAGGGCCGGCAUCAGCUGA